AUGGACCACAGGAGCGCCGAGGCCGAGGGGCAGAAGCGUUACGGUGCCGUCCCGCUGCUCGCUCGCUGCCUGCGCCGUCCGUCUCCCCCAGCCGUUUGCCCGAGGAGGAAGUCCUGCAGGAGAAACAAUCGUCUCAAAUCUGUUUUGCCCACAGACAACGGUGAAGUCACCGUCCUGCCGGCAGGAAGACACGAGUUCCCCUUCACUUUCCAGCUCCCCGAGACCCUGGUGACCUCCUUCGAGGGAAAGCACGGCAGCGUGCGCUACUGGGUGAAAGCCAAGCUGCACCGACCCUGGUCAACCGUGAAGAAGGCAAAGAAGGAGUUCACCGUCAUCGAGCCCAUCGACAUCAACACGCCUGCCCUGCUGGCUCCCCAGGCAGGUGCUAAGGAGAAACUUGCCCGUGCCUGGUAUUGCAAUCGUGGGCAGGUUUCUGUGACUGCCAAGAUUGACCGAAAAGGCUACACCCCAGGUGAGGUCAUCCCUAUCUUUGCCGAGAUUGACAACUGCACAAACCGAGCCGUGGUGCCCAAGGCUGCCAUCAUCCAGACUCAGACCUUCAUCGCCCGGGGCACCAAGAAGCAGAAGAAGUCGGUGGUGACCAGCAUCGUCGGCGACUCCAUCGCAGCUGGGAAGAGGGAAGUGUGGCACGGGCGGGCGCUGAAGAUCCCCCCCGUGGGCCCCUCCAUCCUCCACUGCCGCAUCAUCCAGGUGGAAUAUUCCCUGAAGGUGAGGGACCUUGCACGGAUGCGCUUAUCAAGCCUGUGGUUUGCAAGAAGAGCUGCUCAGCAGAGUCACCAGCUUCGAUAGCACUUGCGGGCUGGCUCUGCCCCGUGUCGAGGGGUCCCCCUUGUCACGGGAGCUGGUGGGACUCCUCGUGCCUGCUCUGGGCUGGUGCAGGACAUGCUGGGGCUGGUGACCGGGGCAAGUCCGAGUCCCUCGGACUGCUGCGCUCCCUGGUAUCUGAC